CCAAUAAUAAAGAUUUUUAUUUCAGAUCCCAAACUCCAAAAGAGACUCCAUUUUCUCAGGAAACAAAGAAAGAACCUCAAUGGCCAAUACCUCUGUCUCUUUCCUUCUCCUUCUCCUUCACCUUCUCCUCUUCCUUUCUCUUACCCAUCUUUCCUUCUCUUCGCCAUUAUCAAACAACCCAAAAACCUUCAUAGUCCAUAUCUCAAAACCACACAAGCCGACCCUUUUCACCUCUCACCAUGACUGGUACGCCUCCAUCAUCAAUUCUCUCCCUCCGGCUUCUCCGCACCACCCAGCCAAGAUCCUCUACACCUAUAACCAUGCCGUCAAUGGUUUCUCUGCCCACCUCACUUCUUAUCAAGCAUCCAUACUACGCCGUGUUCCAGGCGUCAUCUCUGUCAUCCCUGAUCAGAUUCGCCACCUCCACACAACACGCACACCUCAUUUCUUAGACCUUUCUUCCGUUUCUGGUCUUUGGCCUAAUGGUGCUUAUGGUGAGGAUGUUAUUAUUGGUGUUCUUGAUACUGGUAUAUGGCCUGAACAUCCUAGUUUUUCUGAUUCUGGCUUGUCUUCUAUCCCUGAUCAUUGGAAAGGUGUCUGUGAGACAUCUGUUGACUUUCCUGUUGGUUCUUGUAAUAAGAAACUUAUUGGUGCUAGAGCUUUCUAUAAGGGUCUUGUUGCUUAUCAAGGGAAAGGAAUUGAUGGAUCAAGAGAUAAAGCUUCUCCGAGAGAUACUGAAGGUCAUGGAACUCAUACAGCAUCGACGGCAGCUGGUUCUUUAGUCCAUAACGCGAGCUUUUACCAUUAUGCACAAGGUGAAGCUCGUGGUAUGGCAUCAAAGGCUAGAGUUGCUGCUUAUAAGAUUUGUUGGAGCAUGGGUUGUUUUGAUUCUGACAUUCUUGCUGCUAUGGAUCAAGCAAUUGAAGAUGGUGUUCAUGUCAUCUCUUUAUCUGUUGGUGCUACUGGUUAUGCUCCUCAAUAUGACCAUGAUUCAAUUGCUAUUGGUGCUUUUGGAGCAACACAACAUGGAAUCGUUGUAUCUUGCUCUGCUGGUAAUUCUGGUCCAGGUCCUUAUACUGCUGUUAAUAUUGCGCCUUGGAUUCUUACUGUUGGUGCUUCUACAAUUGAUAGAGAGUUUCCAGCUGAUGUUGUGCUUGGUGAUGGGAGUAUCUAUGGCGGGGUGUCACUAUAUUCAGGUGAUCCCCUAGUGGAUUUUAAGCUUCCUUUAGUAUAUGCUGCUGAUGUUGGUGGUAGGUAUUGUUUUGUGGGUGGUUUAAGUCCAUCAAAAGUUCAAGGAAAAAUUGUGGUAUGUGAUCGAGGAAUGAAUGCAAGAGUAGAGAAAGGAAGUGCUGUGAAGCUUGCAGGAGGGCUUGGAAUGAUAUUGGCAAACACGGCAGAUAGUGGUGAGGAGCUUAUUGCUGAUUCUCAUCUCAUACCAGCUACUAUGGUAGGUGAAAUUGCUGGUAAUAAGAUUAGAGAAUAUAUCAGAUUGGGUCAAUAUCCUACUGCAACAAUUGUUUUCCACGGAACGGUAAUUGAUAAUUCACCAUCAGCUCCUCGAGUUGCAGCAUUUUCUAGCCGCGGUCCAAAUCAUUUGACACCAGAGAUUCUGAAGCCUGAUGUUAUAGCACCUGGAGUAAAUAUCUUGGCUGGGUGGACGGGGGCUUCUGCACCAACAGAUUUGGAUAUUGAUCCUAGAAGAGUCCAGUUUAACAUAAUAUCAGGUACCUCAAUGUCUUGUCCUCAUGUUAGUGGAAUUGCAGCUCUACUUAGAAAGGCAUAUCCAGAUUGGUCACCUGCUGCUAUAAAAUCUGCUUUAGUAACCACUGCUUAUAACUUAGAUAAUUCUGGAAAGAACAUCCUUGAUCUUGCCAGUGGCAAAGAGUCAACACCCUUUGUUCAUGGUGCUGGUCAUGUGGAUCCCAAUAGUGCUGUUGACCCUGGACUAGUGUAUGAUAUGAAAACUAGUGACUACGUCUCAUUUCUUUGCUCAAUUGGGUAUGAUUCAAAGCGAAUUGCAGUUUUUGUUAGGGAGGCUGCAAGUUCUGAUAUAUGUGAUAAGAAGCUGGGCAGUCCAGGCAAUCUUAACUAUCCAUCAUUUGCUGUUGUUCUGAAGCCUAACUCUGAUGUGGUUACCUAUAAAAGGGUGGUGAAGAAUGUUGGUAGUUCUACUGAUGCUGUUUAUGAGGUUAAGGUGAAUGCUCCUGAGAAUGUAGACAUCAAGAUCUCGCCCAGUAAGCUUGUGUUCAGUGCAGAGAAUCAAAGCUUAUCCUACGAGAUUACAUUCUCUAGUUCUGUCAGCUUGGGUUGGCUUAGCAUCAGCUCACAAAGUUAUGGGUCAAUUGAGUGGAGUGAUGGAACCCAUAUUGUUAGAAGUCCUAUUGCUGUUAACUGGCAACAGGGUCAAGGAGAAUCCAAGGCUUCUAUUUGAGAUGCAGAUUGGGGGUUGUCGUAUUGUCUCAAAAUAGAAAGGAAAUCAGGCAUUAAAUAUGGAAACUUUAAUUUGGGUACUCACCAAAUUGUGUUUCUGUUAAUUUAUGCAAGACUGCAAUAUGUGGACAGACCUGUUGUAGACAUUAACAAUUAUUUGAUCGUGGUUUAGUUCAUUAACAAUUAUUUGACAUUAACAAUUAUUUGAUCAGUACAGGAGAGACUCCAGUUACUUGCAUUGGAAUGAAAUAAAAAUAUGUAUCUUUGUUCAUACAUACUGUAAUGGAAAUUCUCAUAGCUAAGUAGAGUUCUAGUAA